AUGGAUCUGAUGAAAGUGAAGAUGAUGAUGAAUAAUUAGUUGCUAAAUUUGAACAAAAGAUAUAAACAAAAACAGGAGAUAGUGAUGAAGAUUGUGAUGAUUUCUUAGAUAAUUUAAUUAAAUAAGGAGAUAAACAAGAAUGAACAUAAAAUUAGUUAUUCAAAAAUUGAUAAUAUUAUUAAUAUAUUAUUAAUGUAAAUAUUGCAUUUGUUUCUAAUAGUUGCAGUACUAAGUUGUGAUAUUGAUGAAGCUGCAAAAGCCUUCAAAUCUAAAUAAAUUAGAGAUCCCAUAUUUCCAUAUACAAAAAACCCUUAUGAUAUUGUUGAUCCCAAUUAUUUAUAAAAAGUGUCAGAUAAUUUAUAAGAUACAACUAGUGUUUGUGCUAUUAAAUAUGAUGACUAUGAAAAACAAAUGUAAUGAAUCCAUAAUUUUUAGAUAUCAUUUAAAACAUUUUAAUUCAAAAGAAGAAGCUGAAUAAAAUUAAUUUAUUGUGACUCAUUAAGGAAAAUGUGGUGCAUGUUCUACUUUGUAAGAUUUAGCUGUUUAUCUUACAAAUGAUUUGACUAGACCAGUGAGAAAAUGUGGUUUAAUGUAUGGAUUGUCUUAACAUCAUCUUUUAAAAUGUAUCAAAGGAUUAGGAUUCACUGAUACAUGUGCAUAAGUUUGGUUGUACAAUACUUUAAAUACUAAAAAAUCAUGUUUUUGGCCUUGUAUGUAAUAAAUUUAUCCUAAUUCUUAAAGUGUGUCUUUUAUGACAAAUGAAGAUUUUGUGAAAAAUGGAAAAUUAAAUAAAUGUUUAUAAUGUGAUGAAGAUAUCUCUGGACCUAUAUUUAAAUAUGAAUCUGGUAGAACAAGAAGAAACUCAGGCAUUAAAUCAGAAAUUGAUAGACCAGAUGACUAAAUUUAUGACAUCACCCAUUGUUAUUAUUGA